UCUCUCUCUCCACUCGCAGCAUCGGGUCUUCAAUCUCGCCACGCCCACUCCCUCCUCUCCAGGCCAGGGCCAACCAACAGGUAUCGAUUCACCGUCUCCUCCUUCCACGGCACAGCGCUUGCUUGUUUCAGCUCUCUUGCCAUGCCACAGGCAGCACAGUACAAGAUCGCGCUGUGCCAGCUGCCGGUCACCGCGGACAAGCACGGCAACAUCGCCCGCGCGCGCGCCCGCAUCGAGGCCGCCGCGGCCGCCGGCGCCGAGCUCGUCGUCCUGCCGGAAAUAUGGAGCUGCCCCUACGCGAUGCAGACCAUGCGGAGCUACGCCGAGGACAUCGACGGCGGCCGCUCGCCGUCGGUCUCGAUGCUGUCGGAGGUGGCCGCUGCCAGGAAGAUCACCAUCGUCGGCGGAUCCAUACCCGAGAUGGUUCCGGCUUCGGGGCAGCUGUUCAACACCUGCUGCGUGGUCGGGCCCGACGGGGAGAUCAAGGCCAAGCACAGGAAGCUGCAUCUGUUUGGAAUCGACAUCCCCAGAGACAUCACUUUCAGGGAAUCCGAUACCUUCACUGCUGGGCAAGAACCCACUGUGGUUGACACAGACGUUGGACGGAUUGGUAUUGGGAUUUGUCAUGAUAUCCGCUUCCCAGAACUUGCAAUGCUGUAUCGAUCAAGAGGUGCACACUUGAUAUGCUACCCUUCUGCGUUCAACAUGAGCACCGGGCAGCUCCUCUGGGACCUUAUGCAGAAGUCCAGGGCUGUCGACAAUCAGCUGUUCGUGGCGACCUGCUCACCUGCACGAGACCCCAACUCACAGUCGGACUUCGUGGUCUGGGGCAACUCAAGCCUCAUCGGACCAUUUGGCGAGGUUCUUGCGGCGGCAGGGCACGAGGACGCGACCGUCAUCGGCGAGAUUGACCUAUCUUUGAUUGAAGCUGUCAGGGAGAGCCUCCCUCUGGAAACGCAGGGUAGAGGGGAUCUGUACAGGCUGAUCGAUGUCCAGAGGGAACAUUCGAGCUAGCUGCGUUGCUCGAGGAGAUGGAAAUGCAGUGCAGAGAGCUGAAGAAGGCCACGUCUGCAUGUGUUGCUCACAUGCUGGGUUCAGUAACAGAGGACGGGGUUUGCAAAAUUGUGUAGUGGCAUGCAGAGAUUCGGGAUGCCCCGAUACUGUAUUUGUUUUCUUCUUACAGUGAACUAGAUGUGGAUUACCUCCAGAUGUUUCGUCACAGAGAGAAAGACGUGUGUAUUUGAGUAGUUCGGAUUCUGCUAAAAUCCGAUUACUAGGAGGUUUUUCCUCUUUUUUUUGAGAGAGACGGUUUUUCCUCUUUGAGACUUUGAUAUUUGUUGUAUGGAAAAAUCUUACACCAAAAA